AUGGCAGGACCAACAAAGAAUCCUGAGUCUGCGGUACGAUUGUCGUUGAUCAGUGCCAAUUCGCAACCAAAAGACUUGGAAGAAGGAGACUAUGUCGGUGUCAAGACUCCAGAGCAGAGUGGAUACUCGGAUCAUGGCGCUCUACGUCCUGGAGGUGAUCCGACCAUUACGAGCAGAGCCAACAUUGGACUGUUGUAUCAGUACGCAGUUGUGGGCUUCAUCUCCGGUGUACUUCCGUCCACGAUCUACCCGCUCCUUCAGAUGUACCUGAAUUUGUCGCUUCCUUCCAGCUUCAAGGUGUUUUUCGGAAUCCUCUCGGAUUGCUUCCCCAUCUUCGGCAACCGACGUCGUCCGUACAUGGUCAUCGGAUGGUCUAUCUCAGUGGCCAUGCUUCUCGUGAUGGCAUGCAUGCCCAUUGGCGAUCCGUACUAUACGGAAGCUUCGGAUCGCUACAUCGAAGCUCGAAUCAACUACGACGCUCCGUCCGAAGCAGGUAAAUACGUCAUUCUUAUGUUCUUCGCCGCAGUUGGGUACGUUCUCUCGGACGCGAGUGCCGACGCGAUUAUGGCAGGUUUGGCUCAACAAGAGUCGUUUGCGAGACGAGGAAAACUUCAAACCAUGACGUACACAGUACAGACGUUCGUGACGGUGAUCAGCUACCUGCUUGUCGGCUUUUGCUUCAAUGGUGAGGAGUACGGUGGAAAUUUCGACUACUCGCUGAGCUUUCCCGAGCUUAUGGGGAUUCUUACAGUUCUCACAGCCCCGACAAUCCCAAUCACCUGGAUCUUCAUUAAGGAAGACCAACUGGAAGUACCUCCGGACUUAAAGGACUACAUGGUGGGCUUAUGGAACCAGAUCUGUAAGCGAGCAGUGUUCCAGGUCAUCGCAGCCUUGUUCUUCUACACUUUGAUCUGCAAUAUCUCGUACACAGCGUACUCGCCCAUUCAAUCGUACAUGGUGAACGUGACCCCCAUCAACAGCACGCUCGGAGACGCAUUGAGCUAUCUCUUCUACAUGUUCGGUAUGAUGGCUACAUCCAGAUGGGGUUUGCAUUGGAAUUGGCGAGUGAUGAUAAUCAUCACGGGCAUCAUCUUGAUCGUUAUCGACGGCACCUGCAACCUCCUCAUCGUCUGGAACGUGUAUCGCAGUCAAUGGUUUUGGCUCGGUCCGCCUAUUGUCGCCCAACUUCCCAAUGGUAUCAGCUUUAUGGUCAGUACCUUGGUGAUCGUAGAGCUUAUUGGUGAAGGUUACGAGGGCGCUAUGUACGGACUCAUGACUACGAUCUCGGGCAUCGCGUCUUCGUUUGCGACGUCGCUCACUGUCAUCAUCAACAACCCGUUCAAUAUCACCAACGAACGCGUGCAGGAGGACGAUCAUUCCAUUCACGUGGACAUCACAUACACGAUUAUUAUUGCAUACAGCGCGAUGGUUGUGUCUUGGAUCUUUCUGCUGUUGCUGCCCAAGCAGAAGCGAGAGACUCAAGAGCUCUUGCGGACUGGCGGAUCGAACAAGUUGCUGGGUGGACUCACGAUAUUUUACCUGUCCUUCUCGCUGGUGUGGGCUGUAAUGGUCAACGUCAUGGCCAUCUUCGAUAGCACUUCGUGUCUUGUGAUUGCUGGUGGGGACGGGUGCUAA